AUGAAGACCACUCUCCUCCAGGCCACCGCGGCCGCCCUCGCCCUCAGUGGCAACGUUGCCGCCAAGGUUUGGUACACUGAAAAGACCUACGAUGCUACCAACUUCUUCGAUGAGUUCAGCUUCUGGGAGAGCAAGUUCGGCACUGGUGAUUACAACGACAUUGAUCCCGCCAAAGGUCAUGUCAACUACCUGAGCAAGGACAACGCUCUCAGCCAGGGACUUGCCAAGUACAAGGACAACGAGGUCUACCUUGGUGUUGACACCACCUCCGUUCUGAAGGGAGCCUACAACCCCGGACGCCCCAGUGUUCGUCUCGAGUCCAAGCAGGCUUACAACCGUGGUCUGUUCAUCGCUCGAUUCUCUCACUUGCCCCAGCCCACUUGUGGUCUCUGGCCUGCCUUCUGGACCUACGGAAAAGACUGGCCUAAUGAUGGCGAGAUCGACAUCUACGAGGGCUGGAACGAUGCCACCUUCAAUGGCCCUGCUCUGCACACCGGCAACUCUGCCAAGUAUGGCCAGUGCAAGAUCUCCAACGACGGCCAGACGGGUGUUGUCAAGACCGACAACUGCGACAACACCUACAGCAACGAGCCACUCCAAUACCAGAACCAGGGGUGUGCGGUCAAUGACUACGCCGCUCCCUACGGUGCCGCCAACGGUGGUGUUUACGCCAUGGAAUGGACCAGCGACUCCAUCAAGCUCUACUCCUGGUCCGCCGGCAAUGCUCCAGCUAAUGUCAACUCUGACUCGCCUGAUACUGACACUUGGGGCCAGCCCAACGUCUACCUGAAGAACAGCAUGUGCAAUGUCGACGGCCACUUCUCCAACCAGAAGCUGGUUAUCAACAUCGACUUCUGUGGUGAGCCCGCUGGCUUCGACAGCGAGUGGUCUAAGAGCUGCAAGGCCAAGACCAACGCCCCCACCUGCAUCGACUACAUCUCCCAGAAUCCUUCUGCCUUCGUCAAUGCCUUCUUCCAGAUCAAGGAUAUCCGUGUUUUCGGCACCACCAAGCCCUCCACUUCUUCUGCCGCCGUCUCCAGCACCGCUUCUUCCUCUGUUGCUGGUACUUCCUCGACUCUUGCCACCACUCUUGCCACCACCACUUCCUCAUCCUCUGGUGCCUCAUCCGCGGCUGCUUCGUCCUCGGCUUCCUCCCAGCAGACCACCAGGGCCACCACUACCCCCUCCAGCAGCUUCAGCAGCCUCUCCUCCACCUUCUGGGGUAACCAGACCACUUCCGCUCCCAUCAAUUCCGUUCGCACGACCUCCCUCCCUACCACUUCUGUUCCCAUGACCACCUCGACCGUCAGCACCACUCAGGUUCGCACCGUCACCCAGUGCCCUCCCUCUGUCACCAACUGCCCUGCCAACGGUAGCGGCGGCCCUUGGGUUGUGACUGAGACUAUCGCUCUCUACACUACUGUCUGCCCUGUGACCCAAACCGGCCCUGCUCCCACCGCAUCGGUCCCUACCAAGAACGCUCCUGGCGGCCAAGGACCCUCCACCAUCACCACCGCCAUCACUCAGACCUACACCGUCACCAAGUGCCCUGCCUACGUUGUUGACUGCCCUAUCGGCAAGGUGACCACCGGGGUCAUCACCACGACCAUUGUCAAGAGUGGUGAUUCCUCCAAGCCCACAGGUGGUGCAGUCAAGGUCUGCCCUACCUGCACUGCCAGCAAUGUUCAGAAGCCUACCGUCACCGCCAAUGACGGUGUGAAGCCUACCUCCAGCCCUUACUACCCCGGCGGCAACAGCACUGUUCCUAUUCCCACCGGAAAGGGCGGUAAUAGCGGAAACAACAACAGCGGUGCCAGCCCCAGCAGCGGACCCAAGACUGCCGGUGCCAGCGGAGUCACCAUUGGUGGUGCCCUCGCCGUUGCUGCUGCGAUGGUCGCUUCCACACUCAUGAUGAUCUAA